CCGGAGGCCAGGGAUCUCACAGGACGUCAGCAGAGAUCUCUAGCGAGUCUAAGUGCACCCAUGGUUGAGAUCUACAAGGGAGGCAAAAAGUUCUCUGCAUUGCUCGAGCACAAUGCUGACCUUCCUGAUGACAUGGCCACCUUGGUGGAGCUGAAGCGUGAGAUUGAAACGGCCAUCUACCACCUCGGUAAGAAGAUCCAAGCACAAACAUCGUCGGUGCUCGCUCACAUCGCUUUGAUUCAUGUAUUUGUGCUGCCUGCUGCAGAGCGGUCCAACCGAGAGCUGGAUGCCGCAGAUCCGGUGAGUCUGAGAGAGCAGCAAUCCUUCAGUCCCUUCCAUCCAUCAGCCAGUGCUUUGUCGUUUGCUUGUCUGUCAGAACGGUCGCGAUGCCGACUUCCAAGAGGCAAUCACGGAGAACAUUGGUGCGCUGCGCACGAAGCGUGAGUUGUUGGAGAAAGUCAAGGACAAGAUCGCCGAGCUGGAGGCCCACUGCUGCGACAAGACGCCCCACAUCGUUCCCCCAGCCUCACUCAUGGCCGCACCACCGCCGGCCAGCGCAUCGUCGGCUCGGAGGCAGCCUGAGGUGCUUCCCGACCCGCAGACGGAUGACAUUCAGUCGAUGCAGGUGUAUGCGGAGACCAUGGCUGCCAGGCAGCAGCAGCAGCAGGAAGCUGUGAGAGAUGAGAGGAUGGUGGGCGAUGAGACGGUGGAGCAGGAGCAGCGGGAGGGAGAGGACGACGGGCUGAGCUUAUAGCAUCGAGCAAGGCGCGACGACCAGCAUGAAUGAAUCUUUUUCGUGUGCAGUGUGUGCGGGCAUGAGUCUUUUUCGGCUGCGUGAGCGAAGAUGAUGAGUUUUUUCGGAUCAUUUCAGUCAGGGAUGCGUUUCGUUGGGUCGCUUGUCAGAACAGUCUUGAAAACAACAAGAGUGGUCGUGGCCUUACACAUAAACACGAAUGCGACAUAUAAGCAGGCUGCAUCUACAUAAUAAAUCAACGACACAC